CUGAUGGAGAACAGGACAGAAGUAACAGAGUUCAUCCUGCUGGGACUGACCAAUGACCCAAGUCUUCAGCUUCCCCUCUUUGUGACCUUCCUCCUCAUCUACACCAUCACUCUGGUUGGGAACCUGGGGAUGAUCCUGUUGAUUCUCCUGGACUCCCGUCUCCACACUCCCAUGUACUUUUUCCUGGGUAACCUGUCUCUGGUGGACUUUUGUUACUCUUCAGCUGUCACUCCCACGGUCAUGGCUGGGCUCCUUCUAGGAGACAAGGUCAUCUCCUAUGGUGCUUGUGCUGCUCAGAUGUUCUUUUUUGUAGCCUUUGCUACUGUAGAAAAUUACCUGCUGGCCUCAAUGGCUUAUGAUCGCUAUGCAGCAGUGUGCAAGCCCCUGCACUACACCACCACCAUGACAAUACGUGUGUGUGCGUGUCUGACCAUAGGCUCGUAUGUCUGUGGUUUUCUGAAUUCCUCCAUCCACAUUGGGGAUACUUUCAGUCUCACCUUCUGCAAGUCCAAUGUGGUCCACCAUUUUUUCUGUGAUAUUCCAGCAGUCAUGGUUCUCUCUUGCUCUGAUAGGCACGUUAGUGAGCUGGUUCUUGUUUAUGUUGUGAGUUUUAAUAUCAUUUUUGCUCUCCUAGUUAUAUGGAUAUCCUACAUAUUCAUUUUUGUCACCAUCUUAAAGAUGCACUCAGGUACAGGACACAGGAAAGCUAUAUCCACCUGUGCCUCCCACUUCACUGCAGUCUCCAUUUUCUAUGGGACGAUUAUCUUCAUGUACUUACAGCCCAGCUCCAGUCACUCCAUGGACAGUGACAAGUUUGCAUCUGUGUUCUACACUAUGGUCAUCCCCAUGCUGAACCCUGUGGUCUACAGCCUCAGGAACAAGGAGGUCAAGAGUGCAUUCAUGAAAAUUUUGUUAGAGGCAAAAUAG